AUGCAAUCAAAACUUCAACACAAAAAAUUACCAAAUGAAAUGCUUGUUGAUAUAUUUAAAGCUUCAGAACGUGUAAUAUUAGAAGAAAUAUUAUCAAAAUUUGACAGAAAUAAUGGUCCUUCAAUGGUAGAACAUAAAAAAUUUGAGAAAAUGUGGAGUAAUCAAGUGCUGGUUUACUUAACUUGUUCCUCUAUAAUUCCUACAUUUGUUGGAAAAGAAUUUCAGAAAAGAUGGUUAUCAAUCCUUAAAGAAAGAGAAAGUGUUCGGCUAUAUGAGGUUUAUUGGAUCGGACAGACCCCCUUUUUUCCUCUCAAAUUUUCCUCCUAUAUUUUUGAAAAAUGGUCGGACUUUUUCCUUCAUCCAAAAAAUGGGAAAUAA